AAUAAUAAUAAAUAAUAAUAUUAAAUAAGUAAAUAGUAAACACUAAAUAAGUAAAUUGUAAAAUGUAAAUUCUUAAUUGUUACGUUCUACCGUUAAGUAUUAACUUAUUCUUAUUUUACAAUCAAAAUUUUAAGCUUGUUUAUGCUCGAUUCACGGUAACGUAAACAAUUUCUGGUUGAUUUAAGCGACGUGAAGAUACGUCAAAUUUCCUACUACUGUUGUUAGAAAUUGCAAUGUACAUGUGGUAUUAAUGCGCACCUAUGCCAAGUUCAUUAUAGCUAUAACGAUAUUCACAAUACUAGUGAUCCUGUACUCCAACCCAAAGUCUGCGGUUAAUUUGAAAUCAAAAAUAUUGUCUUCGAGCCAUGUGGCGACUGCACCAGUGGAUAACAAGACCGAGUCGAAGGUCAGUAUAUGGAUAUCGGUGACAAAAAUUGCUCGCGGUCACUUGUUAACAAAGUUUCGCAAGUUCUUCAAGUCUUUGAUCAGUCAGCGUGGCAAGUGCCCUGCUGUUUUUGAAUUAAAUGUAAUAACAGACAACGCCAGCCGUCCAACAGUUGACAGUGUGAUCAACGAAUUUAGCAAACAAUACAAAGAAACAUUACUGACUUUAGUUCAUUAUGAUUUUCAAGACGUGUUGAAAAUAGUUGAAAGUAAAAUUGAACCGUUAAAACGAUUUUUUCAAUCAUCAAAAGGAUCUUACUACAGUGAUGAUGUUUUCUAUCUAUCACCAGCACUUCAUCUAGUUGCACCAAAUUUAUUGGACAAAGCUAUUGUAGUUGAUGUUGAUACAUCAUUUCAAUCUAGCAUUUGUGACCUUUACAAUGUAUUUGACAAUUUCACCAACACACAACUGUUUGGUUUGGCCCCAGAACUUUCGCCAGUCUACCAUCAUAUACUGUGGAAAUGGAGGAACUAUAAAGGUGAUAAGUACAAAACUCAGCCAUACACUAACAUGAAUGGCCUGAAUAGUGGUGUUAUACUGUCAUAUUUGGAGCGAAUUAGAAAAAGCGCUGAGUACGAUAGACUUAUCAGUCCUGAAUGGAUUUCUGGUGUUGUUCAAAAGUAUCUAUUCAAGGGACAUUUGGGUGAUCAAGAUUGGUAUACUUUGGUAAGUUAUGAACGCCCAGAAUUGAUAUAUCGCUUGUCGUGUGGGUGGAAUCGUCAACUAUGCACAUGGUGGAAGCUACACGGCUAUGCGGAUACGUUUGAGACAUUUGCAAAAUGUACAGAGAAAGUGCAUUUAUAUCAUGGAAACUGUGAUACACCUAUUCCACCAAAAUAAAAUUUCUCCUGAACAAAGAAAAUCUUAAAAUACAUUCUUAAUAUUUUCAAUAAAAUUGUCAAAUUAUUUAUUUUUAU